AUGCAAGCCAUGAGCGCCAACACGAGCGCGCCGCGAGCACCUCAGCGGUCGCCGUUCGCGAUACAAGAGCUGCUGGGACUAUCGGACGGACGAGAUGCUCGCGACCGGUACCUCGAGAGCCGCGAUGACCGCGUUCUGAACCUUUCCGAGGGCCGCGAUGCCCGCGGUUACCCACCCCAGUUCCCUCUGCCGGCGGCGAUGGCCAGCCGCGUAGCAUACGCCGCCGCCUUCAACGCACAGGCCGCCGUAGCGGCCGCUUUCCUCCCUGGACCUCCACUGCUGCAUCCGCCGCCCGGUGAGUUCAAGAUAUUAAAAAUCAGACCGAGCUCAAUCUCUCUAUUAUCAUACUAUCUUCUUUGGGUCACCCGUCUUUUUAAAAGUGACGCAAUUAAUAGAAUUCCUUCUUUCAAAUAG